AUGGAUAAAAUCAACUGUAAAUCUAGAUUUCUAAUCAACCAAGCUGAAGACGACAGUGAGGAAGAUUGUGAAUUACCAGCUGAGCUAGCACGGCUCCUUGAGCACGAAAAGAAAGAGAUUCAGCCAUACAAAGAACCAGUGGAUGUCAUUAACUUGGGUUCUGAAACUGACAAAAAAGAGGUAAAAGUUGGGGCAUCUCUUACCGAGCAUGUACACUCCGAGUUGGUAGACUUGUUGCGUGAAUAUGUUAACGUCUUCGGUUGGUCGUAUCAAAAUAUGCCAGGAUUAGACACCAGCAUUGUUGAACAUCACCUGUCACUCAAGCCUGAAUACCCUCCAGUCAAACAAAAGCUCAGAAGGACUAGACCCGAUAUGGCACUCAAGAUCAAUGAAGAGGUUAAGAAACAGCUAGACGCUGGCUUCUUAGCCAUUUCUGAAUAUCCGCAGUGGGUUGCUAAUAUCGUUUCAGUUCUAAAGAAAGAUGGCAAAGUCAGAAUGUGUGUAGACUAUCGAGACCUUAAUAGAAUGGAUCCGAUAAAGUAUAUAUUCGAAAAGCCUGCUGUUACUGGUAGAAUUUCCCGGUGGCAAAUGUUGUUAACCGAGUAUGAUAUACAAGACUUCACUAUGUCAGGCUUCGAGGUAAGCUCUGAGGAAGGCCCUGAACCAGGAUCGCAAUGGACGCUCGUGUUCGACGGUGCUUCCAAUGCUCAAGGCCAUGGUAUAGGUGUUGCUAUCACUUCUCCAACUGGUUUCCACCUUUCGUUUACCGCUAGAUUGUGUUUUGAAUGCACCAACAAUAUGGCAGAAUAUGAGGCAUGUAUCUACGAUUUAGAGGCGAAAAUCGACUUGAGGAUCAAGAUUCUUGAGGUAUUUGGUGAUUCAGCUCUGGUAAUCAGUCAGGUGAAAGGUGAUUGGGGGACUCGGGACAGCAAGUUGAUACCUUAUAAAGAGCACAUCAGAAAACUGAUACCUUAUUUUGAUGAAAUCUCUUUUCAUCAUAUUUUUAAGGAGGAAAAUCAAUUAGCAGACACUCUAGCCACGUUGGCAUCUAUGUUCAAGGUCAAAUGGAAGAAUGAAGCACCAUCCAUCCAGAUUGACCACUUAGACGAACCAGCACAUUGUCUAGCAAUUGAGGCUGAUCCUGACGAUAAGCCUUGGUUCUAUGAAUUAAAAACAUUUCUGGAGAAACAGCGAUAUCCCGAGGGUAUAUCCAUAACCGAUAAGAAAGCUCUGAGAAGACUCUCUUCCAGGUUCUUCCUAAAUGGUGAUGUACUAUACAAAACGAAUUAUGAUUCUGUACUGCUCAGAUGCAUGGAUAGACACGAAGCUAGUACAAUCAUAAAGUCCAUACACGAAGGUUGCGAGGGUGUACAUGUAAAGGGUCCUGCUAUGGCCAAGAAGAUCCUUCAGGCUGGUUAUUGUUGGACGACAAUGGAGGUUGAUUGCUACAAUUUUGUGAAAAGAUGCCAUAAGUGCCAGAUAUAUGGUGACAAGAUCUUUGUGCCACCAACUCCAUUGAAUGUUAUGAUGUCUCCAUGGCCUUUUUCUAUGUGGGGCAUCCAUAUGCUUGGGAUGAUAGAGCCCAAAGCUUCCAAUGUACAUCGAUUCAUCCUAGUCGCUAUCGAUUACUGCACGAAAUGGGUCGAAGCUACUUCAUAUUCUAAUGUCACUCGACAACUGCUUACUCGGUUUAUCAAGAAAGAGAUGAUCUGUCGCUAUGGGAUACCUAGUAAUAUCAUCACUGACAAUGCCAGUAACCUUAACAACACUAUGAUGAAGGAGUUAACCUCAAUCCGCACAUCCACUGGGGUAACUCCAUACUCAUUGGUAUAUGGGAUGGAGGUUGUCUUACCAGUUGAAGUCCAGAUUCCUUCACAAAGACUCAUCAUGGAAGCUGAUCUUGAUGAAGCUGAAUAG